AUGCACGCCCGAACCUCGCAAGGACUGACUGUCCUGGCUCUUGCAGCCCUCAUCUCCACGACCCAGGCCACUUUGGCCAUGGUGAUCGGAGUCCCUGCCUGUGCAGCCAACGGCCACGGAGACGCGAAGGGCAUCUGGGAAACCAGCGCCGAAGACUGCCAAAAGGUGAUCUAUGCCAUGGACGGCAAAGGAGCCGAGCUCUUUCACCCCCCCGAAGAAUGGUUGCAACACCAGUACGUGAACCGCAACUCUUGCCUACCCGAAACCCAACUCGUUACUAAUCUGUGGUGCUCUCGUACAGUCGCAAAGGAGGGCAAAUGCGAGGUGUUCCUCUGUGGCAACGGCCAUGGAGACGCCGAGAUCUCUGCGGGCGCCAUUGCUACCGCCGCGGCAGAUAUCCACGCGUUCUGCCGGCUCAACGGCAACGCCGGCGGCCGGACCACUGUCUACACGCAAGAAGGCGACGGCCUGAAGAAUAGCGCCCUGGUCCAGCUUGGUCAGAUUCACAAGGACGAGCUUAAGAAGGUGAAGCGUGGCGAGGAGGAACUACCCGAGGAGGAGGACCUCCUGAAGAAAGAUUCCUUGAUCAACGGCCACCAUCUCGAGCUUCCCGGCCCCAGGGGUGAGCUCUCCAAGCGCCGGGCCGAGCGUGCCUUGCAGACGAGGUCCGACCCGGACGACUACGACAACGGCGACGGGGCCAACGAGGGCGAGCAGCACGACAUCGACCCGGCCAACGUCAUGCAGCUCGCGACGCAGUUUGUCAACGACAUGCGCCGCGUCUUUGCCGAGCCCAACCCCAACUUUCGCAACACGGCCGGCGUGCGCAUGCGGUUCCAGGACCGGCACCGCAACCGCCAGGUCUACGUCACGAUGGCCUACCUCGCGGCCGACGGGCGCACCGUCGUCGACCUGCAGCGCGCCUCGCGCGACUCGACGCUCAGCGACAUGGUCGGCCGGGUCGUCGGCGGGUGGCACAUGGGCGGGUUCCGGACCUUCUUCACGAACCACAUCUGGCGCUUCCAGAGGGGCAACCCCAACGGCCCGCACACGGACCUCGGCCGGAUCGCCAUCAACGUCGAGGACGUGAUCCCGGACUACCCGCUUCCGCCGCUCGCUAUGAUUCCCGGCGGCUCUCUCAACUGA